AUUGAGGAGAACCCGCCCCUACAGUGUGGAGGGCCGGAACGGACAGGGCCCUCUUCCCUUUCAAAAAUGUCUCAGCAGAGAACUAAGUCCAUUAUGGCUUUAAUGAAAUGUCCUGAAGGACUGGGGGAGAAAAUGCACUUUCCUUCCGUGAAGAAACACCACGCAGGAGGAGCGUGGAGGAGAAGGCGCGGACGUUCCAAAGAAGCCGAAACUCAGACGGCCUGUCGGGGAGGACGCGCUGAGCCUGCGAAGUUCAAUUUUGUGGGGAAACUGCUUGGACCAAGAGGAAACUCCUUGAAGAGGCUACAGGAAGAAACAGGUGCUAACAUGUCUAUCCUGGGCAAAGGAUCAAUGAGAGAUAAAGCAAAGGUGUUUGUAUGUUUUUGGAGUGUAAUUGACCUGAAACACUGUGUUAGUUCCUGGUAUACAACACAGAGAUUCCAUGUUUCUGUACACUUCAGAAGGAUCACCACAAUCCUCCACACUCUGAUUCUCCUUACCCAUCUUGGGUCUGAUGUUUAUGAAUUUCUGUGGAAGCUGCUUCUUCUUGUUGCCGCCUGGGGAGUUUCCAGUUUUCUGUUGUUUGUCUGGAGGAGCGUCCUUGCUGUAAAGCCUCGUGCAUCUCAAGUUACUUUAAAGCAGAUGACUGAGCAGAUGAAGAAUUUGGAGAACGAAAAGAGAGAACUUGCAGAAAAUAUAUCUGCUUGGGUGCAGAAGACCAACAAUGCAGUGAAAUGCUUAGAGGAGACCAUCAGGCAAAAGAAGAUGCUCUCUGAGGAAGCACUGAAGUUUAAGGAGAACUUGAAAACAAUUGAGAGGGUGAAUGAACAUUUGAAUGACGUUCAGAUUGCUCGAGCUAAGCUGCAGGCAGUGAGGGACCAGAACACCAAGAGUCCACACUUGCCAGGUGUUUCGAAGACCAGAUCUGAGGGUGCGAUGCAGCGAGCUGUGACAACUGGAGACUGCAGCCUGGAAGAGGGUAAAAAGAAAAUGCAAGACCACCAUGCUGCAUCGGGAUCUCCGAAAGAACGUGAGGAAGACGGUUUCCAAAGGCAGGUGAAGAAAGUACGCGUCCUUGAUGAAAUCAGUGGACAGAGAACUAUGGACACUGAAGGGAAGGUGGACAUGAACGGAUGUGGGCUGGUGGGAAAGCAGCAGCUGUUGGCAGCAAAGGAGAAGGCAGAAUUGGCUGAAGAGGAGAGAAGAUGGUACAAGAUAAGACUUGAAGAAUGUCACGGGCAAAUGCGGGAAGCAGAGAUCACUUGGAGACACCAGGUCACUCUUGCCGAGAAGAAGGCCCAAGACAGCUCGCUCAGGGCUCAGGAGCUGGAGAGGGAAAUCUCUGAAUUGAGAAGGGAAAACUCUGAGCUGAGAAGGGAAAACUCCUCUGAGCUGAGAAGGGAAGUUGCCCACCUGAAACAGAGAUUGGAUGCAAUCUGCGGAUGGAGGCAGGCAGAGGAAUACAUGAGGCAGGAGCCCACCCCAGGAGGACCGUACAGGCUGCACCCUCCCCUGAGAGCUUCAGGGCCGGGUGGCACCCCUGUUAGGAAUGGCACCGCCUUUCCGGCAAAGGAGGCAGAGGAAACCAAAGUCACCCCGUGGGCCGGAGGGCCCCAACCUUUCCUAGAACCAGCCUGCGUGGCCUGUCCCGGGUGUGGCCCGUCGUCGCCCAGCUGGGCACCUGCACCUGGUCCCCCUUGGUGCCCUGUGCAGCCUUGCCCCCCACCGCCAGCUGCUCCGCUCGAUGGUGUGUCAGUGCAGCACUUUCCAGAAGAGAGAGGAAGAGAAUCUUGCUGGGAUGAGGAAGGGGCGGCUGAGCCCGAAAUCAGAAAACCGGAAUACGCUAGCGGGGCUGUAGGAAUGGCUCCGCAGGAGCUGACAGAUCAUAACACACUGACCUCAGAUGGUGGAGCACACGGAGCUCAUUAUACACUGGCCGACGUGGGACCUGGCCCGGCUCCGGUGUGGCCCGGCAGCGCCCGCCCACCUGCGGCGGCCCCGGAGGCCCAGGUCACCCCGUGGGCCGGAGGGCUCCAACCUUUCCGAGGACCAGCCUGCGUGGGCUGCCCCGUGAUCAGCCCGUCGUCGCCCAGCUGGGCACCUGCACCUGUUCCCCCUUCGUGUCCUGAGCAGCCUGACCAGUCCCCGCUAGCUGUCCCGCCCGGUCACCGUGGAGUCCCGAAGUCCCGGUUCUUGGACAGGAUCAUUUGGUGUGUCUUGCCCGAUGGGACACCCAGCAUCAUUACUCAGAGGGUACUCGUCACCACCACCCCCACCUCUGUUGUGGCCAAUUUGGUCUCAGCCACCACCACCCCCACCACCACCAGUUACAGCAGUCGCACAGUCAGUUUGGCAACUGAAGGGGCCCCUGAGCUGUGACAAUGAUGUGCGUAGAGAUGUCGGAGGUGCAUUACAGCCCGAAUGUUUCCCUGCUCCAUCCUGCCCCCUCCGCUGUUCUCUCCUAUUGUCACCCCUAAUGAAAUUGUCACAGUUCUCUCUG